AUGAAAUCACAAUUGAGAAAACAAAAAAAAAGUAUCAAAGCUUUCAAAAUCGCAUUGAAAUGGAAAGUUUAUGAAGGGAUUAAAAUGCAAAAAGAUUUUCCAACACUGUUGCCAACAACAUUUUUAUCUCCAUUAUUCCAGACAAAAUUUAAGACUUUUAGUUUAAACUUUAAAACUUUUAGUUUAAAAUGUUUAAAGUACAAAGCAAAUGAUGUCAUUUCAUUGAUACAAAAUACAAUCCACUCUUUUUCCUUCGUUAACUUCUCAGCUAGAAAGCAGACGGGAAAGCUCGACUCGCGUAAAACUAUUUGGGGAAUUUCAUCGAACUUUUAUAGACAGAAAACAUUACAAGUUGAAAAUAAAAAUCCUACGUCCUCCCACGCAAUUUCCGUAUAUGUCGUGCAUCAACUUCCCGGAAGAAUAAACAGCAGAAUAACUAAAUAG